UAUAAAGGAUGGCCCAGGAUGGCCAGGAUUGAUUUCACUGAGUCUUCGACUGUCAGCAAAGCAAAGAUGGCCGAAUGGCGAGCGAGUGUGUUUUUCUCAAAGAAGUGUGGGAAGAGUGACGUCAUCAAAACUGUCGAUUAUAUUGGUGAUGGUAGUAUACAAAUACAUCGCUGUUUGCUAAACAAGCUGCUGGCCAGGAUCGCUGUGACUCGCGCGGGCGAAAACAAAAUGGCGCAGACCAUCGACGCGAAACUAUUGCAUAAAACUACUGUGUCUUGGUUCGACUUCUUGUUUGAUACAACUGGAGAUUCAUUGAAGAAACAUCUGGAAGAUGUAUCUGCAGAACCUUCAGCCACCCAACUUAAUGUUCAGUUCCUGGAACAUUCAGGGUUAUUCAACAUCAAUGUGGUAAGCACUUUGACUAGUCACUGCUCUGGGUCAUCCUUGAUAUUAUCACUGUCUUCAGUGUUAUAAUCAUGAACUGCAGAUAAAGUUGGUCAACUUGCAUUAAAAGAUAAAUUUUUCAGUAGCAAAGAUCAGAUCAUGUAUACUAAAUGCAUACACCGUCGAGUGUUGAUUGAUACCUUUGAUUGACACCCUCGAUUGACCCUCACUGACCCUUGAUCUACACUUGAUCAGUACUUGAUGAACAUAUCAGUUGACACUCGAAUGACACUCGAUCAACAUCUCAGUCGGACGUUGGUUGAGAGUCGACUAAUUUUUCACAGACACCUUAUUGAGUAUUGAUCAAUACAUAUGAGUUGGUCAACACUCCGCCAUAUAUAUCGACUGAUACUCGAUCGAGUGUCAAUCAGGUGUUGGUCAAGUGUCAAGCUAAUGUCAACCGAGCAUCAAUAGAGAUGCUGAUCAAGUGGUGAUCAAGUGGUGAUCAAGAUAUCAAUCAAGUAUUGAUCAAAGGUCAAUCAAGGGUAUUGAUUGACACUGAUACAGAUGCCUUUAGUACACACGAUCCCAUGUCCUCAAAUAUGAAAAAAAAAAGAAGUUGUUUUGUGAAGUUCAGACAUACUAUAAAUUAUGAAUAUUUAAGAAACUAAAUUUGUUGGGUAUUUGUUGCAUAUUGUCAUGGUCCAGUUAAUCAAGUCUACUAAACAAAUACAAGCCCCAGGUUCAUGAUAAGACUUAUUUACUGUACUUUAAUGUUACCAUGUUAGAGAAAACUGUUUCCAAAAUUUUAACAUAUUCAGCCCUGCCAAUCAAAAUUCACUUUAUACGGUUGUUUUUUUUUUCCAUUCCUGAUUCUAAACAAGUAAAGGAAUUCUUUGUUCAUGACCCUGCUUUUCGGUUUGCACUGGUUGCUUACCAUCCUGUAUCCAUCCCAAACUGUAUUGUAAAGUACAUGUGUAUAUGAAAUGUAGUUUCAGACAGAUACAUGUAUGAGAUUGCGGACUAGAAAAUGAUAUAGGGUAAACCAAAUCAGGCAUGAAAUUUUGCUGCAAAACAUUUUCUGUUGCAAAUUGUUUCCCAUCAUCACUGA